GUUGUGAUGAAUGUUGUGUUGAUAGUGGUGCCCAAUGUGGUGCCAAUUUCACGGUAGUAAAACAUUGCGCAUUGGCUGCACUUGUGCUCUAAUGAGACUGAACGCCUUGUUUCUUUUUUCACUACACCAGGUUAAUCACUCUCAAAGAAUGUCAGAGAGGCCACUUACUCCUUGGGUUGUUUGCGAAAAGAACGGCAAAGUAUUAACAGCGCACUGCGAUUGUAUGGCAGGAAUAGGUGAAAGCUGCUCUCACGUCGCUUCACUUCUGUGGGCUGUUGAAGCUGGUGCACGAAAACGAGAUUCUUUAACUGUGACUGAUAAGAAGGCAUACUGGGUGCUUCCAAGUGCUGUCAAGGCUGUGCCAUACGCUAAAGUACAGAAUAUCAAUUUUAGUAAAUUUAAUAAGAAAUGCGAAGGCAAAAUGCAAAGAAAUCCAGUUCCUGCCCCAUCAUCGUCAGAAUUGGAUGAAUAUUUUAAAACUAUUAGUUCUUUCUCAUCAAAACCAGCAAUACUUUCUUUAAUACAUCCAUAUUCUGAUUGUUAUGUACCUAAAGCCUUGCACUCUGACUUGCCACCAGUCAAGAGUGAUCUUUAUGAUCCCACACUAUUAGACAAAUCACUUGAAACUUUGCUGGAAUUAUCAGAGUCGAAAAUGGACUGCUUUAAUGUUACAGUUGAGCAGCAAAAAGCUGUAGAAGAAAAAACUAGAGAUCAAGCCAAUUCUCGUCUUUGGUUUCGAUUUCGUGCUGGAAGAGUGACUGCUUCAAGGUUCAAAGCAGCUUGUUGCACCAACAGAGAUUCACCUUCCAAGAGUUUGAUCACAAGCAUUUGCUAUCCAGAGCUGAAGAAAUUUUCAACUGCAGCAACAAGAUGGGGUUGCCAGCAUGAAGAGGUGGCAAGAGACAAAUAUCGAAAAUGGCUAAACACAAACCAUGAAAAUGUUUCAGUAACAAACAGUGGAUUCUGGAUUCAUUUGACCCAUGGAUUUCUUGUUGCUUCUCCAGAUGGACUUGUCUCUUGCCAAUGUUGUGGCACUGGGAUUUGUGAAAUAAAGUGUCCAUUUUGCCAUAAAGAUGAGACGAUUGAAACUUCAACAAAUGACAGGUUGUUUUGCAUUGAAGUAAAUAGUGAUGGCACAAAACAACUUAAAAGAACUUGUGCAUAUUACUAUCAAGUUAUGGCUCAGUUGUCAUGCACAGGUUUGAGCUACUGUGAUUUUGUUGUGUGGACAGAGAAAGACUUGUUUCUUGAACGAAUCUUGCAAAAUAACGAAUUUGUAGAAAGGAACAUAGAGGCAGCAAAGAAAUUUGUGUUGAGGGGACUCCUUCCAGAGUUAACAGGAAAAUGAUACUGAAGACCUCAAAAAAAUGGAAUAUAAUAAAAUCAAAUGUCUUAUAAAUAUUAUUAGUACAAUUUUAAGUGUAUGCAUGCAAAAUCUUUCAAAAAAUAUUAUUUAGUCAUAAGGUACGACAGAAUCACAAAUGUUAAUUAGUGCACAGCUAACAGUAACUAUUUUGUCAA